CCCAUUUCUGGAAGUGUACCGGUGCAAAAGCAAUUACAAUUAUUGGACUCCCAAAUUCGGAUCACAAAUUACUGCAAGAGAGUUACAAUCAAAACCCCUGGAAGCUCUUGGUUAUCUACAUGCUUCUCAACAAAACCAGUGAGGGCCAGGUUCACUGUUGGGAAAGAGCAAGCGGUUUUUCUUUCUUCUUGUGAAAUCCUUGAACGAGCUUGGGACGAGACACGCAGUAUUUCAAAUAAAAAUGACAAUACUUAUUUUCGUCGGAGUGAGUACGAAGGUGUAGUAUAUAUCACAUUCCAUUCCUUUUAUAUAGGGGAUUUCACUGCCGGUGAUAGCCCAUAUGAACAGUGUGAUAUAAGGAAUGAGAACGAAGUCUUCUCUGCCAGCCUUAAGGGUGAUGAUGAUCAACCGGCUCUUGUUCACAGAGGAGCUCUCGAUAUGUUCUUGAACAUUCUGAGAAAUUCAGACCUGGAAAUCCAGAUGGACAAGUUUUCGAAGCAGAGAAGGGAGCAAACCAUUAUAUUUGUGGGUCAUUCUAUAGGAGGUGCCGUUGCAACUCUUGCUACGAUCUGGCUUCUGGAAAAAAGAAUGAGACAAAUUUCUUCUAUUUGCAUUACAUUUGGUUCUCCUUUGGUUGGAGAUACUGUUCUUAUGCAAUCAAUUGAUUGCCAAGGUUGGUCCGGAAAUUUUUGUCACGUGGUUUCCAAACUUGAUAUUGUUCCGCGGAUGCUCCUUGCACCUUUUGAAUCAAUUGGACAGCAUUUGAAUUCAAUUUUUCCACAGAGAGGGAGCAUCAUGGGCAAUGAUUCUGUUAGUUUAAUGCAUCCUUCUUCUCUGGAGGCAUGCAGGAAACUUCUUGACAAUAUCAAGUGCCUUAGAGAAUCUAGCCCGUAUAAACCCAUUGGUACUUACAUGUUCUGCUCAGUCCAUGGCGCAGCUUGUAUUGAGGAUCCUCAAGCUGUCUUGAAGAUGAUGAUUUUAACUUUGCAAAGCACAGAAGAAAAGGGUAUUGCAGCUGCUUUAAUUUCAGAGCACAUAAGUUAUGGUGAUAAAUUGAGACAUGUUAUUGAAAGUGGAUACUCAACAAAAACUUCAAACAUCUCUUCAGAAUCCUCCUUUGAGAUGGGAAUAGCACUGCAAUUAGAAGCAAUGGGUUUUCAGACUCAGAAUAACCAUGCAUUUGAUGCCCUGAAAGAACCUGAAGAUUUGAAAAACAAGCUUGGCAUGGACAUUGAGAACCUAAAUAAGAAAUUGAGCGAGAGACAAAGUGAGAUGGCUGAGCUGGAAUGGUACAUCAAAACAGUCUGUGAGGGCAACAGCCGUAGCUUGUACGAUGUUUUCAGAGACCUAGACGAAAAGAAAGAGUCUCGUGUCAAUUUGAUUAGGAUAUCUCUAAGAAAUUUCUGGGAUGACAUAAUUGAUAUGGUGAAGAAUCAUCAAUUGCCCAAUGACUUUCGAUACCAAAAUAAAUGGAUCAAUGCUGGCACUGCAUACAGAAGACUUUUAGAGCCUCUGGACAUUGCAGCCUUCUAUCAUCUGCAAAACGAGAGAGAAAGCUAUCUCUCAAUUGGGAACAGGCCGGUCCGUCAUAUGGUGCUGGAAAAAUGGCUGAAUGAUAAAAACCAGACUCGCACAGGUAGAGAUAGGAGGCCUCGCACAAAGUUUGCGUCCUUAACUGAGGACUCUUGUUUUUGGGCUCACGUAGAAGAAGCUGCUAAAGACUUGACAAAUCUGCAGCAAGAGCAAGAGCGACAUCAAGUUAUCAAUGCCCAUCUCAAGGAAAGCCUCGAAACUUUUGAGGUUUAUGUGUCGAAGAUGAUCGAAGAGAAAAGUAUUUCCAAGGAUGUUUUCUUGGAACAGAGCAGCUUCAUGAUAUGGUGGAACAAAUACAGAGAGUUUCAACUGCAAUACCCAGAAUGGAUAUCAAACUCCCCUUUGCUCAGAUCCAUGGAAAAUCUGAAUAUGGAGGUUUAGAAACCAGGUCUUUAUUAAGUGAUAUAGUUUGUUACAAGUCGUUUAUUUCCAUGGCCUUUUCCCCUGCUUGCAAAGUUGUUUUUCCUUUUCAAUCUAAAUAAGCCCGUGUUUGCUAAGUUGUGUUCUUUUCAAUGUAGACAAGUCUAUGUUAUAUUCCUAUUAAUAAUAGUUGUUUUAAGUUGUGUUCUUUUCAACUUAAAUAAGUUAAACAAUGCCUUGUGUUCCUGUGAUCGAGAGUUAGGAAUGUGGAAGGAAAAGUUGCAGACGAAGUAGUGAUCUUUUCAAUGUAGACAAGUCUAUGUUAUAUUCCUAUUAAUAAUAGUUGUUUUAAGUUGUGUUC